CUCUGUUCCGAUUGCGCCGCCUGACAUGCCCUCGGAUUGCAUUGGCGGCUGCCUGCCGACGCGAGCGGCGCGGCGGAUGGGAGCGACCGCGUGCGAGGCGCGUAGUGGAGCAGCGCAGAAUGGAGAGGAGCGGCCGGUGUGCGUUGGUUGAUUGGAUCCACCGAGCUGUGCGGGAGAGAUGGGAUGGGAUGCGUCCGCCGUCCCCAGAUCGAUCCAUCAUUGUCCCUCCUGAAAAAAUUUGCUCAACGCGAGGGGGGAAGGGGAUCCGCCGCCGCAGGCUAUUCUGAUCGACGCCAUGGCUGCUCGUUCAAGCAAAAGUGCUCCGGUGAAGUUGUGCCGCCACUGGCACUGCCACUAGAACCACUACCGCUCGAGGUCGAUGGAUCUCUGAGGCAACCCCAUGGCCCGAUCCAAAUGGGGCGGCUGGACUGCCUGCGCGGCGGUGGACGACGUUGCCCAGACCAACAACAUCGUCCAGCGCCUCAACGACUUCUCCUCCAUUGCGCACAUCCCUAGGAUGGGCCUCAAGGUCGUGCCGAUGAUCGCGGCCUUCUCCAACCUCCACACAGUCAACCUCUCUGGUGCCGAUGAUGAAAUAAUUUCUGCCAUCGCUGCAUUACUACAUCCUCCGAUUGCUCAUAUAUCAUUCUGUGAAUUGCCCUGCUCGUUCGCUCGAAGGUUCUAUAUCCCAGAGUGUAUGUAUCAGUCGGAACUGAGAAUUUGCUCCUGGAUAGUCGUACAAUUCGCCGGGAGCAAGACCAAAUUCAACAAGGCAAUAAAACAAAGCGUGGAGCACCUAAAGAACAUCCAAUAUUCCCAGAGCAUACGAGGAGAUCACAAAUGUCGAGGGGCUCUGGGAACUGAUGAACCUACGCGUGCUCAACCUCAUCUACAACUGGAUUUCAUGCACCGGACUGGGUACAUACUUGGAGAUAACAUGAUGGUAAGAAGGCAAGAAGUAGGUACAUGCAUGAGUGGGUUUCUGGAGUCUCAAGGGGCACAUAUGAAGUAUCCACACGAAAGCAUGUUGAGUACCUGAGGGCUUGUAUCAGUGCCCAGCAUGACGGCGAACUAUUCUCUGAAAAAAUUGCUAAUGAAUCUCUGUUCAAUGGUACGUGAAAAAAGAACACUGAUUUGGUCUGAGAUUUUGGUCUGAUCAUGUAUUGUUGUGCCAACAGGGGCUACAUUCCUUCUAAACUUCUGUGGCGUUAUCAACACGAUCUUAAAGUGCAGGGUGUGUGCGCACAUAUAACACUUAGCAGAUUAUUGUGAAUCUUAAGGAAGGAGCACAUCUCAAUGCUGUCUGUAAGCAUUUUGUGCUCUUAUCAUGGGUAAUGCCCAUUCUUUAAUAUACAAGAAGUUCAACUCUGAGUGCUUCUCAGGACAUGACUAAUGUCUUUUGCAGUGUUGAUAGUUGUCAGGAAAACAAAGAUCUUAAGUCAAGUAAGGUAGUAGUAUGUAUGCGUGUUCAGUCACUAUUGUUGCGGCAUGUUUGAAGGUAAAAGUAGCAGCCUGAUGCCAUGUAUAGUAAGGUUAAGAUACUUAUUUUGAGAUGGAGGGAGUACAACACUACAAAAUGAAGGGUUUUCCAGCUGUUCUUUUGUCACUUAACCAGGAGUAGCUGGAGAUGCAAAUCAAGCAAAUUGCAUGUUGUAAGGUUUGCUCCUUCAAGUAGCUACACAUAUAUUGUCUUAGUUAAGUAAAUUCUCAAAUGAGUGUUUGCUGAAA